UAAGGACCUGUGCACGACUGCGCAAUGGAAAGCUGCCGUUCAACAGGUGUCUUUCCUCUCUCCCAGCAUUUUCACAACAUUUUCAUUCACACCGUCGGAGGAAUCAUUGGAAAUCCGCUCUUUUUUCUUUUUCUUAACAUGUCGUAGGUGUUAAAAUAUUAUAAAGACUGGAUGACUGGAUUAAAACUUUUUUUCCCGCUUCCACUCGAAUUGACGCAUGGAGAAACGCUCGCUUUCACCGAAGGAUGUCGGUCUUUUUUAACUUAAAAUGAAUUAAUCCUAAAUCUCUAGUGUUUUUCUUAAAAUAGAGUGAUUUUUUUUUUCUUUAUUUCUUUUUGUUGUUGCACUGGACGUCUUUGUGUAUGGGAAUGUUCUCUUCUCCAAUGUGUGCUGUGGGACUGGAUCUAUGAUCGAUGUAAUUGAAUCAGGAGUGCCAUCUCUCAACAUGGACGCUGUUUUGGCAUAUUAAUAAUGCGCUUUACAUUGACAUCGACAUACUGACAACUCGGGCUCAGGAGAAAAGUCUCAACUGGAGGAUGAUGAAGGCAGUUUCAUAUAUUCUUGCUGCGGUGAUCUGGAAUUCAGCAGCCUGUGUAAGUGGUGAAGAAGAAUACAGCUUUCUAGAACCCUCUGAGUCCCCCUGGGAGCUGCGGUCUUUGGCAGAGGGGGAAACUCGUUUGCCCUGUCGAUUCAAUGUGUCGGACAGCGAGAUUAAGGUGGUGCAGGUGGUGUGGGUUCGAGAGAACAAUGGAGUUGAAGAACAGAUCAUUACUGCUCAUUUCAGUGAAGGACAGACAGAAUUUAUGUCUUCACAUACAGGGCGUGUGCGAUUCGAGACCAACAACCCAAUAUCAGACUCUGCUCUGAUUAUCAUGCGCACUCUUUCUGCAGAUGAGGGCAAAUACAAAUGCAAAAUCGCUGCCUUCCCAAGUGGAAACUUUGAGGCAGAGAUAUUACUCACAGUGUGGACUAAACCCAUUUCUUCUCUGAAAUCGUUCAUCCUGAUUGAAGGCGAGUCGUUUCGUCCGGCUGCUUCAUGCCGUGCGAUGGCUAAGCCAGUUGCAGGCCUGUCCUGGGACACAGAACUGGCGGGUCAGAGUCAGAACCAAAGCUCAGAUGAGACGGUCUCCUCAAUCAAGUUUUCUCUCCACCCUUUCCGCGGCAUGAAUGGACAGAAGCUGGACUGUCUGGUCUGGCAUCCAUCUCAAAAAGGCCCUGAGAGGAUCACCAAUAAACUUAUAGUAUACUACCCUCCGAAUGCAUUGAUAUCAGGCUACAAGGACGGCUGGUUUGCUGAAAUGCAAGGAGCCAGUCUGCAGUGCAGUGGUGAAGGAAAUCCAAAGCCUCACCAGUUCAACUGGACGAGGAAAGACGGGGCUCUACCGGAGGGUGUGACUGUAGACGGAGGCACUCUGUACUUUUCUAGACCUCUCCGCUUCACAGAUAAAGGACAUUACAUCUGCACCACCACCAAUCUGGUGGGAUCUGGAAAAACUGAGAUCGAAGUAAAAAUAUCAGAUUCAACUCAUCACGUGAACUACAUGCUGAUGAGCACUAUCGCUGCUCUUGCUGCAGGGGUUGUUCUCACUCUUAUCUGUGUGAUCAUUUGCAUAAACCGUCACUACAAACGCAAAAAUAAUCAACUGGCCAUAGAGCUGGAUGAAAAAAAGGUGGAAAUCAACACUCUAUCAAGACAGGCCUCCAUUAGGAGAGUGAACUCAAGCAGCACAGACAACAGAUACUCGGAGGACAAUCAUCCUUUAAGAGUCGAAGGGACGAUACGCACAAGUCUCUCAUCACUGGAUCGUCCUCGUUCUAGGGAUAGUCGUUCCACACUGGGAGGAGUGGAUUCGCUCGGUCGGCCUGCAAUUUAUAACACGUCCAGAAGAGGGAGAGACAAAACCAUGGACAGAACUGACAGAGAAUCUGCUCGACUGAUGAUGGAGUCUUUUGAGCAGGACAGUAACAUGUCACAGGAAACCCAUCUUCUCCCUCCUCUCCACCCCUCUUCCUACACAAUGGACCAGCCCGUAGACAUGGUCAGAUCUCGAAAUGGCAAUGCCAUUCUGCCAGCAGACGGGAGGCCGCAUUCUGGAGGCAGUACCAGAGGGGGCAGCAGCAGGCAUCAUUCACCGUUAGUGUCCAUGUACCCUACUCUUACAGAUGAAGAGGAAGACUCUGUCAGCCCUACAGAUUCGGGAGUCCACCGUGGUACACUGGAGCAUGACGCUUUUGAAAAUGGCGGCAGCGAGACCACGAGUUCUCAGAUAUCUGAAGCGCUGUCCAGUCAUUUUGAGCGCACCAAUGGCACACUACGACCCAAAGUGAAACCCAACAACAUCAUUCUGCCAGCCAACACAACCAUUUACUUUCAUCCACAUAGCCCACCUGUCCAUAAAGCUCAGAUCGUGUAGAGGGAUUGUUUGAAAACGUCUUUCAUGAGAGGAGUUUUGGAUUUAUUGUUUGAAGUUCACUCUCCAAACAGCUGGACGAUUGUGAAGCCGAAAGUGGAACUUUUAUAUAAACGUUUUAUAUGAACUUAGUCACAAGGUGGCAAAAACUUGAACUCUAUCAAUCCAUCAUAUGACCAAACUCAAACCUGAAUAUCAAUAUCAGCAUUACACAAAUAGACUCUCAAAUAGCGGCAUAACCUACUCUGGAUUCUGGAACUAGGGACGUUUGAGUAUUAAUGAACUGCAAUAUGUGUUUCAGGUACAGAUUAGCUGGAAAUUUCCAUAGCUGAGCUCCUCUGUUUGACCAGAAAUUAAGAUUUAUAUAAAUAUAUAUACAGCUGGGAAAAUAUGUAUUGAACACGCCAUGUUUUUUCCUGGGAAUAAUAUCUCUAAAGGAACUCUUGACAUAGCAUCGAACCAGAUUUUGGUAAAAACCCAAACAAUACAAACAUAAAACUAAAACAAAGCAAAAAAUAAAAAGAGUUCUGUGUAAUAACAAUGAAAUGACACAAGGAGAAAGUACUGAACUACUAAAAUGUACUUAAUAGACUUCAACAGAGUGUACAAAUCUUGAUGGUUCUGUGCGUCUCGUCUAUCAAAUCUGUUCUUUAAUUUUGUAUUUUCUAUUGGAUUCAAAUCAGGUGAUUGGCUGGGCCAUUCUACAGCUUGAUUUUCUUUCUCUGAAAGCAUUUGAGAGUUCGCUUGGCUGUGUUUUGGAUCAUUGUCUUGCUGAAAUCUUGAGAAACCAUCUUCAUCAUCCUGCUAAUGUAGAUGUUGGACUGAAGCAGCAAAUAAUAAUUUACAAUGAUGAAGAGCAGAGGGUUGCUGAAGAACUACUGAGAGAUUUCAGCUGCUGUCUGGGCCUUCACUGCCUUUCUAGACCUCCCUUUCUUCGUGUGUUUAAUACUUUUUCUAUGCGUCAUUUCAUUUUACUAAGAAUAACUUCAUUUGUAAACUAAUUUGUUUUGUUUUAUUUGCAUAAAUAGAUUUCUUUGGUUGUUACCAACAUCCUGGGAAAAUUUCAAGUCAACAGGACCUUUAGAAAUAUGUUUUCUGAGAAUAAUAGUGACAUGUUUAAUACUUAUUUUCCCCACUCUAUAUAUUACAAACUAAUUCUUCACUUGAAUUGCUGUUGAGGGAAAGAAUGCUACAAGAACUGUUUUCUGGACAGUCAAUCCUUCACUGUGACCAUAUGUUUGUAAUCGAGAGAUGUACAAAUGGUGUUUUGAAAUGUUUUUUGAAUAUAUAUUAAUAUGUGUACAUUUUCAUUGUCAACUACCCACUGCAUGAAUAGUAUUAUGAAGUAUUGCAUUAACAUAUUUUUAAAAAAAGUUCUUAUGUGUUCACAAAAUGGCAUUGUUUACAACAUUUAUACUUCAUUAGUUUCUAGUGCUUUAAAUGUAUUUAGGUUUAAUAAGUGGGUUGUGUUACUGCAAGCUCUUGAGAUAUUCCUGUGACCUUUCUAUAUCUACAAAAAAUAUAAAGCCUUACUGGUUCCUGAUGGUAA